AUGGCGAACCCUCAGCCCCCGAAGCCAUGGAAGGUGGAGUAUGCCAAGUCGUCGAGAUCAUCAUGCAAGACCUGUAAAUCCCCCAUUGAGAAAGAGAAGCUUCGCCUCGGCAAGAUGGUCACGGCCACCCAAUUCGACGGCUUCAUGCCUAUGUGGAACCAUGCUGAUUGCAUAAUGAAGAAAGCAAAGCAGAUAAAAUCAACCGAUGAUGUUGAAGGCCUAGAGCUCCUUCGUUGGGAAGAUCAGAAGGAAAUUAGAAAUUAUGUACAAAGUGGAGGACCCCCAGAUACAAUAACAACAGUAACAACAACAAGCAAGGUCAGUAGUGGUAUUGAAGUUUCACCAACUUCUCGUGCUACUUGCAAGAGCUGCAGCCAAAAGAUUUUAAAAGCAGAGGUCCGUAUAUCAACCAAGCCUGAAGGUCAAGGACCUAGGGGCCUGGCAUGGCACCAUGCCAACUGUUUCAUGGAAUUAUCACCAUCCACUGAAGUGGAGAAGUUGUCUGGAUGGGAGACCCUCCCAGUUGCUGAUCAGGCAGCUGUACGUGCCUUGGUUAAGAAGGUUCCUUCUAAUGCAAGAGGUGGCAAGAAAACUAAGGAACAAGAGGAUAAAGAAUUUCUGCAACAGUCAACUCCUAGCACUAGCACAAAACGAAGAAAAGAUAGUGGUGGUGAUCAGAAGUCAAAAGUUGCUAGGUCGGAAGGAGAUGUGUCAACGAGCUGGGAUGUGUCCGCAAGGGAUGCUACUGAUCUGGAGAGUAAACUGGAGGCUCAAACUAAAGAACUGUGGGCACUGAAAGAUAAUCUUAAAAAGCAUGUGACGACUGCUGAGUUGCGUGAAAUGCUUGAAGCGAAUGUUCAGGAUUCAACAGGAUCAGAGCUUGAUUUGCGUGAGCGCUGCGCUGAUGGAAUGAUGUUUGGAGCACUUAGUAGAUGCCCAAUCUGUUCUGGUUUUCUUCGUUAUUCUGGGGGCAUGUACCGGUGCCAUGGCUACAUAUCAGAGUGGAGUAAGUGUUCUUACUCUACUGAGGAACCUGAACGCCUUAAAUGGAAGUGGAAAAUCCCAGAAGAUACAGACAAUCAUAUCUUAAUAAGUGCAGAUACUAAUUGCUUAGUUGUGAGUGGAGCUCUUGAUGAUAAGGAUGCUGAGAUGAGAAAAGCAAGGAGAAUGAAAUUACCAAUUGUUAGGGAGGAUUAUCUGGUUGAUUGCUUUAAAAAACAGAAGAAGCUUCCAUUUGAUCUGUACAAAGUUGAAGUUGUUGGUGUAGCCUCUAGCAUGGUCACUGUCAAAGUGAAAGGCCGAAGUGCUGUUCAUGAAUCUUCUGGUCUGCAAGAUACAUGUCAUAUACUUGAGGAUGAGAAAAGCAUCUACAAUACGACCUUAAGCAUGUCUGAUUUAUCAACUGGUGUUAACAGUUACUACAUUCUCCAAAUUAUACAAGAUGAUAAGAGUUCAGACUGCUAUGUGUUUCGUAAAUGGGGACGAGUGGGGAAUGAUAAAAUUGGAGGUAACAAACUGGAAGAGAUGUUGAAAUCAGAUGCGAUCUGUGAAUUUAAACGUUUGUUCCUUGAGAAGACUGGGAAUUCGUGGGAAGCAUGGGAGCAAAAACAAAAUUUUCAGAAGCAACCUGGCAGAUUCUUUCCAUUGGAUAUUGAUUAUGGGGUUAACAAACAGGUUUCCAAGAAAAAUCAGAACAAUGCAGCCAGCAAACUAGCUCCUCCUUUAGCAGAAUUGAUGAAGAUGCUUUUCAAUGUUGAAACAUACAGAGCUGCCAUGAUGGAAUUUGAGAUAAAUAUGUCAGAAAUGCCACUUGGGAAAUUGAGUAAAAGCAAUAUCCAAAAGGGGUUUGAAGCAUUAACGGAAAUACAGAAUCUGUUGAAUAGUAAUGGCCAUGCUCCUUCCAUGAAAGAGAGCUUGAUUGUAGAUGCAAGCAAUCGAUUUUUCACUGUGAUACCUUCCAUACAUCCACAUGUUAUUAGAGAUGAGGAUGAUUUUAAGUCAAAGGUGAAAAUGCUAGAAGCUCUCCAGGACAUUGAAAUUGCUUCCAGAUUAGUUGGUUUUGAUGCUGAUACCGAUGACUCCCUUGAUGAGAAGUAUAGGAAGCUCCGGUGUGAUAUUGAUCCAAUUCCUCAUGAUAGUGAAGAUUUUCGGUUGAUUAAAAAAUAUCUUCUUACUACUCAUGCCCCUACACAUACGGAUUGGAGCCUUGAGCUUGAAGAAGUUUUUGCUCUUGAAAGGGAAGGGGAAUUUGAUAAAUUUGCUCCCUAUCGGAAAAAGCUUAACAACAGAAUGCUUCUUUGGCAUGGUUCUCGGUUUACAAAUUUUGUGGGCAUACUUAGCCAAGGACUGAGAAUAGCUCCUCCUGAAGCUCCUGCUACUGGUUAUAUGUUUGGCAAGGGGAUUUACUUUGCUGACCUUGUCAGUAAGAGUGCUCAGUAUUGCUAUACAGACAAGAAGAAUCCUGUGGGCCUCAUGCUUCUAAGUGAAGUUGCCUUGGGGGAGGUCCAUGAGCUCAAGAAGGCUACGUAUAUGGACAAACCUCCUAAAGGAAAGCACUCUACGAAGGGGCUUGGCAAGAAAAUACCUCAGGAGUCGGAGUAUGUAAAAUGGAAGGACGAUGUCAUCGUGCCUUGUGGAAAACCAGUGCCAUCAAAUAUCAAGGCCUCUGAGCUAAUGUAUAACGAGUACAUUGUUUAUGAUAAAGCUCAAGUUAAGAUGCAAUUCCUGUUGAAGGUGAGGUUUCAUCACAAGAGGUGA